AGUCGGGCUGCCCUGCCAGUGGAACAGGCGGGCUGAGGCAGCUGCCUCAGUAUGGGCAGAGCCAUGGGGCUGGCUGGGCUCCUGCUGGGGCUCGUCGUGGUCCCCGCCGUGCUGGUGAGCACCAACCUCCGCCACGGCGCCCCGCGGACCGGGGCCGAGCCGGAGCCGUCCGGCUGGGAGCUGGCGGCAGACGCCGUCCCCGAGGACUCGCUGUGGCCGCUGCCGCAGUGGGUCCGCACGUAUCCUCGCCAGCUGCAGCUAGCGCCCAGCCGCUUCCAGCUGGUGCAUGGCGCCGGCUCCUCGGCGGGGCCGGGCUGCGGGCUGCUGCAGGACGCCUUCCGCAGGUACUAUGAGUACAUGUUCGGGCAUUCCUGGCGGCGGACGUGGGGCCGCAGGCCGCUGGCUGCCCGAGCGGAGCCCGAGCUGUUCCAGCUGCAGGUGGUGAUCGAGGCGGGGGACCCGGGCUGUGACAGGCACCCGCAGCCCGCCUCCAGCGAGGCCUACCAUUUAACUAUAACUGAACCUGUGGCUAUACUGAAAGCUUCUGAGGUAUGGGGUGCUUUAAGAGGUUUGGAAACCUUCAGCCAGUUGGUUCAUGAAGAUGACUAUGGAAGUUUUCUUGUCAAUGAAUCUGAAAUCAGUGACUUCCCAAGAUUUGCUCAUAGAGGAGUCUUAUUAGAUACUUCAAGGCAUUAUUUACCAUUGAAAUCUAUUCUUACAAACCUGGAUGCCAUGGCUUUUAAUAAGUUCAAUGUUCUCCACUGGCAUAUAGUAGAUGAUCAGUCCUUCCCUUACCAGAGCAUUUAUUUCCCUGAAUUAAGUGAUAAGGGGGCAUAUUCCUCUAAUCUCAUCUACACUCCUGCUGAUGUCCGUCUGGUGAUUGAGUAUGCCCGGUUAAGAGGCAUCAGAGUUAUCCCAGAGUUUGAUACACCAGGACACACACAGUCUUGGGGAAAAGGUCAAAAAGAUCUUCUCACUCCUUGUUACAAUGGAGGACAGCCAACUGGGUCCUUUGGACCUGUAAAUCCUGUUUGGAAUACAACUUACGACUUCAUGACUAAGUUCUUUAAGGAGAUCAGCAGUGUAUUUCCAGAUGAAUUCAUUCAUUUGGGAGGAGAUGAAGUGGACUUCAGUUGUUGGAAAUCUAACCCUGAGGUGAAAGAGUUCAUGAAGAAGCAAGGUUUUGGUACUGACUAUGCUAAACUGGAAUCUUACUACGUUCAGAACAUUUUAGACAUUGUUUCCUCCUACAACAAAGGACAAAUGGUCUGGCAAGAAGUGUUUGAUCACAAAGCGCAACUGAAACCGGACACCAUAGUUCAAGUGUGGAUGGCAAAUAACUAUGCUCGUGAACUGAGCAGAGUCACAGGAGCUGGGUUCACUGCUGUCUUGUCAGCACCUUGGUACCUAGACUACAUUAGUUAUGGGCAAGACUGGAAGAAAUACUACAGUGUUGAACCACUUAACUUCCCUGGAUCUGACAAACAGAAGAAACUUUUAAUAGGUGGAGAAGCUUGCUUGUGGGGGGAAUUCGUGGAUGCAACUAACCUGACACCAAGAUUAUGGCCUCGAGCAAGUGCUGUUGGAGAAAGACUCUGGAGCAGCAGCAAUGUGACCAACUUGCAGGACGCCUACAAAAGGCUGACUAAUCAUCGAUGCCGCAUGCUCCGAAGAGGAAGACAGACACAUUAAGACAGAAGCUCUGGACAGUUUUGCAACCAAAAUUUUCAGAACUCACUUUUUUCAGUGAAAUACUAGGACUCUGCUGUGUUUCUGUUUCCUGUAAAGGAAAAAUGAACACCAUGAUUGACUUAUUUCAGACAAAAUUUAUAUUAAAGGGUACGUGAGAAGAGUACACUGACAGAAGGAAGAGCAGGCUUCUAAAAAAAAAAGGUGGUGUUAUUUGUUUAUUAUGAGUAAUAAUUAAAGACCUGCAGCAGGUAAUCAGUUGGAGCUGUUUGCAUGAGAGUUGAGCUUGGGCAAGCUAUUCUUUAUUGCCUUACUUUAGGGGCUGAAAGGGGUGGAUAAGCAGUCUGUGACAAAUUUUAAUUCAUUUAUGUACUGACUAAGUUUACAGUAGUCAGAACACAUUCUUCUCCCUGUUCUUUCCUAAAAAGUACCUAGACAAAUUACUGGUUGUUUAAUGCUAAUGUUAUCUUUUGUACAUUCACAGUUGCUGAUAUGAGUGAUUUCUAGGUUUUAAGUCCAAGUUUGACUUCACUUUUGAAGUAUACAGUCAGAGAGCUGAAUAGUUGAACUACAGCAAGCAUGAAACAUAACAUUUUAUUCCUCUACAGAAGUUUAUGACAACUCAUUGAAAACUUCAACUCUGUGGUAGUAGUUCAAGGCAGAUACAAAUCAAAUUUUUAAAGAACAGGAUACAACAGCAGUUAUAGUCAGCACUUGAAACUGAAGCUCUCUGCUCAUGUUCAUGAAGAUGUCUUAGCAUGAUUAUCUGUUGGAAUUGCUUUAGUUUCGAGUGUAUGUUUAGCUUACUGUUACUCUUUAAUCAAGAGUGACUGAAGGACUGAAAAGUUUUGACUUGGCUGAGUUACUUUAAGCUGGCUUCAAAUAAUAAUGUAGGAAAAUAGCUGUAUGUAAGUUGUGCUAUCUCCCUUUGUCAUGAGAAAAACAUUAAGAUACAUUAAGAGUAAGUUGAUAAACACAUGUUAAAAACAAUAUUAAAGUGAUUUUAAAACGUGUCCUGUUACUUAGCAGGGUGGUGCAUCUCUUGGUGGGGCUUAGGAAAAAACUGCUACAACUGAGCAGUUAAGUGUACAGUGGCAGUACCACUAGGAUUAGGGUUUUGCAGUGAACUAAGCUAUGCUGUUCCUGGACCUUGUUGACUCCACUGCAUCUGCAUCUUCUCACAUAACACUGGUAGUUGUAUUGCUGUACAGGGAGCUGGUCCAGAUAACAGCAGCUGCUCUGGUAAUGCUGGCAUGAGAGAUGCAGAAUGCAGGGGCAGACUAAGGACUAUUCCCUGUACUUGUUGCACAUAUUUAGCAACAGAGUAGUCUAAGGACAAACUGUUUUGCUGACUUAUGAUGAACAGUUCCUGUUAGAAAGUAACUACCUUAGUAAAAUGAUAUGUUGUCCUGAAAAUUACUCUUUUUUAUACUGAACCAGAAAAAACACUAGAGAAACCAUUUCCUUUCCACUGAUGAAAUGAAAAUUCCCUGGGGCUGCAGCUGUUGUGUUUCGUGUAUAUGAAAUACACAAUAGCCUUCCUCAAAGAGCAUUGUAUCAGGCUGUUGUAGUCUUAGCAUGUACACAAGGACUAUGUCCCUACUAAUGUUUUUAUUGAUUGCAUAUGCACAGACUGUGGCAGUUGUAGGAGGACAGGGGCCUUUUCCAAGAGAACAAAGAUCUCUGGCUUGCUCUGCCGCUGGGUACCAGUGAGCAAGGGGAAUGGGUAGGUAGCACAUUGUAACAGCUAGAUCCUGGUCACUGGAAGAACUCUGCCUACUGAAGAUCAAGGCCACUGCUCUUGAAAUAGUACUGUGAAUGCAGUAGGUACUAGGCAGCUCCAAACUCAGCUUCUUCUAGGAUACAAGAACCCAGAUUGCAGAGAAAUGGUGAUGGGAGGAAACAAACAAGAAGACAGGCAUAUAUUCCAGAGACCCAGACACCAAGCCUUGUCUUUGCUAAGAGUGUGUCUUGCUUAGGGGCAGCAGUCCUUAAGCUGAGCUGUUACUCAGUUUCUUCCACUGCACCACUAAACAUUAGUAGCAGCAGUAGCUAUAUUUUAAACAUUUGAGAAAUAGGAUAUUGUUUACAACUCUUUUAAUUCUGAAACAUGUCUUUUGUACUAUCUUACUGCACCAUCAUAAGCCACAGGGGUUGGUUUGUUUUUAAUGCCACAUGAGAACAAAAUUAUGAUUGUGUAAGCUGAAAGAAAUUGACUCCUUCCCCCAAAAUAAUGAAAAUCAUGGAAAUAGAGCUGCAUAUGAAGGAAACAUUGAGGUUGGGAGAGGGAAGAAUGUGUAAAUGUCAGUUGACUUAUAUUUGCCUUUCUUAGGACUUCCUUUCAAUAAAAGCAAUAGAUUUUGCGGAACAUCAAAAGAACUAGCCCCUGAAUUUAAGCUUUUCAACGUGUCUGCUAAUAGCCUGGUACCUCUGAUUGAAACAGAGGUUCAAUCAAAAGUACAAUCAAAGUAAAAUAGGGCCCUUUUUCACUCCCUAAAUAGGCCAUCUGUUGUUUCUUGGGAGUAGUUUUGUUUAUAUAGUUAUUAAAAUAGAUUGCCAGUAUCUCUCUUCCUGCCUACACAAGCAGCC